CUCAAACCACAACACCCAUCUCUUCUUUCUUUCAGAUUCCUUUUCUCUCACAAGCAUAUGUCUCACAGACCCAUCGUUCCUCACUCUUCUUCAAUAGCCUUCGAUCUCCAUUCUCAUCUUUUGGUUUCCAGUGAUAUGAACCCAAACUGGUCUUAACAACACAAACAAAAAAUCUCUCGAUUUUUGCUCACAUAACCCAUUAUUUUUUCAUUCUAAUCCUAACAAAUCGAUCAAUUUUUUUUUUGCCGAUUCAUCAAAUUUAGAAAUGGGUUUGAAAGGAUUCGUUGAGGGAGGCAUUGCUUCAAUUGUUGCGGGUUGUUCGACCCACCCACUUGAUCUGAUCAAGGUCCGAAUGCAGUUACAAGGCGAGAACCAUGUUCCCAACCCGACCCAUCAAACCAUUCACUCUCUUCGCCCCGCUUUUGCUUUCAACGGUGCCCCCAGCGCCGCCGUUCAUAUUCCGCCACCGCCGCCGAAGGCGGGUCCCAUCGCCGUCGGAAUCAAGAUUUUCCAGACGGAAGGCGCCGCCGCCUUGUUCUCCGGCGUCUCCGCCACCGUGCUCCGCCAGACUCUCUACUCGACCACCCGAAUGGGUCUCUACGAGGUUUUCAAGCAAAAAUGGUCCGACCCGAAUUCGGGUACUUUACCGCUCGAGCGCAAGAUAGCCGCUGGCUUGAUAGCUGGCGGGAUCGGCGCGGCUGUUGGGAACCCAGCUGACGUGGCAAUGGUUAGGAUGCAAGCCGACGGUCGGCUCCCGGCUUCGCAGCGGCGCAACUACAAGAGCGUGGUCGACGCAAUAACUCAGAUGUCGAAGCAGGAGGGUGUUACUAGCCUGUGGCGCGGAUCAUCUCUUACGGUGAACCGCGCGAUGAUCGUGACUGCAUCGCAGCUUGCAUCGUACGAUCAGGUCAAGGAGACGAUCUUAGAGAAGGGUUGGAUGAAGGAUGGACUCGGGACCCACGUGACGGCGAGUUUCACAGCAGGGUUCGUGGCUUCAGUGGCCUCGAACCCCAUUGAUGUGAUAAAGACCAGGGUGAUGAAUAUGAAAGUGGAGCCCGGAAUGGCUCCACCUUAUAGUGGGGCCUUCGACUGUGCCCUUAAGACGGUGAGGGCAGAGGGUCCCAUGGCCCUUUAUAAAGGUUUUGUGCCUACAAUUUCGAGACAAGGACCUUUCACUGUGGUGCUGUUCGUGACCCUUGAACAGAUUCGCAAGCUUUUUAAGGACUUCUAAAGUAUGGUUGAUGAUAAUGACGAUAAAGAAAGUAGUUUCUUGAGAUUAAUGAAUAAUUAUUGUUAUGUUUUGGUACGAAAGAUUUUGUCUUCAGGAAAUUUUAUUGUUAUGAAGUGGAUUAUUGAAUGAAAUAAAAAAUUAUCUCCUUAUUUGAGCUA